GCAGAGCGUUCAAAGUAGAAUCCAGAAAAAGAAGGUCCACCAAUAAACCCCGAGGGUAUCCGCUACGUACUUUUCAUCUUUACUGUCUAGUAAGCAGGGCCAUGCAUCGCCAUCACCGGUCUUGAACCAGCGCCUGGUGCACGGGUGUGGGCCGCGGCUGGGUCCUUUACAUCAAUGCGCUAUAUCGAACCCACGAGACACGCGAAACCAAAACUACCCCGAAUCCCUGGACUAAUGCCAUGGUCGAUUUGUCUGUAGAAGACAUCUCUUCAAUCCCGCCCGUAGGGCAAGUAAGCAAGUUUCCAAAGGACACGUAUGUACAUCUUCCCGUAGUGGUGUUGUCCUACACCGUCCUAGAAAGAACGGCGAUUCUUUUGGUGACGGACUUCACCAGCCACCCGGACCUGGGGUUCGCCAAGGGCAACCUGCCUUCGUUUCUCCUGCAGCCUUAUACUGUUGGAAAUCUGGAGGUGAAGAAAAACGAAGUCAUCGCGGUGGGUGUUUUCAUCAAAAGAGCCCGCAAGGUAUGGGACAUGUUGAAGGAGUUCCGCCCACAGCUUUUGGACUCGCGCACUUGGGACUUUCUGCGGCUGUGUGUUCUUGCGCUGAUCUAUUUCAGGCCGCAAGCAUAUAGAAAUGGCUUGGAGGGAUACCUCAGCACCAUAGACGUGUGGAAGGGGAAGCUCGCGGGCCCUGUUCAGGAGGCUUUGGACACCGAUGCCUUUGCCUCACUAUUUAAGAGGCUUGCUCACAGAAUGACCCCCGAAUUGUAUCACCAGUUGGGUCUUCAACUUCCAAUCGAAAGGCUCAUCACCGCCAAGGAGGUCGAGCUGGAUCAGCCGAUGAAUACCCUUGCAGACAUCUCCACGCCCAACGCAACCAUGAGUUCCCAAGACAACUCAAUGCAUCCCGGCAAUGCCGAGGAACCUCCAAAAAGACGUCGCUUGGAUCCCCGGGCAGCAGUUUACCAGCAACAAUUCACGCAAGUCCCCGAGCCGCAUCUGGAAGGCCACUCCGACUUGCGUCCUGAAACUCUGGAGAACACUUCAUCAGAAGAGUAUCCUGAAUUUCUGCCGAACAACCGAUACCGCGGCAAUGCAGCAGAGACUCGCAGCCUUAUGGGCCCACAAGGUAUGGUCGAGUUUACCAAGCUUGCCGACCUUGAAUGCGCGUAUGUCAAAGACGGGUCCUGUUUUGACACCAUGGCAAAAAUAGUGGAGUUCCGCCCACCCGCAGAACUUCUAUUUGUCAAAUCGUUCGGCCGCACAAUGAGAAUCACGCCCUUCACCGUCGUCAUAGAAGAACGAGACAAGCAAGUUUCUGUGUAUGUUUCAUCCGAGGAGGACAUGUGCAGAUUCUUUGAUAUUCCGGAGGUAGAAGUGAUUAUGAACCACAUGCUGUUUUUUCACGCCAGCAUGAACUCACUUUUAAACAAGAAGGUGCAAAUCCGCAUCGAGAGGAAGACAAAAUACUUGGUCUCGGGCGCUUCGCUCCCGUAUUGGGGAGUAUCCUCUUCAUUGAAAACCCUCAUUCAGCAAGCUUGGUCGGGUGCCUGAAUUCCCAAUUAUGGGUUUGAUAAUAAUGGGGCUAUGGGUUUUCGCAACUAUGAGCAGGUCACUUGUAUUUCGAAUCUGCCAGUCAAGACAAAGACAGAAUUGGAAUGUGAGCUGUCGAAGAUGCAUGAUUAGUCUGAAGACUGCUGUGCACGAUCAGGAUGUGGCCUCCGCUCUUAUCACGCAGUUGGAUGGCCACUAGAUUUAGGAAGGAACCAAGUCCCGCCUUAUUCAUGAAAUAUUGAUAUGCUUUGUUCAUUUCAGGGCGAUUCACAUCAUACGACUAUACAUGUGCUCAAUGUUGUUCUGCGUGCGAAACGUUUCAAAAAUACAUGGGUUGGGGUAAGAAAGUACCCCAAAGUAUCUGUUUUCAUUUCAUCGUCACUCUAGCGAUUUAUAGCGAGAUUCAGCCUAAGAGUGACGAUAACCGAGCAAAUUUGUUUGCCUAUACCUCGGUCUGGUGUGACCAAUAAAGAUGC